AUGGCCGCCUCUCGCCACAUUCCGAUGGGCAGCCUCGCCCUCUUCGCACUCCUACGAGCCACACAUGCCUGCACGACCAUCGUCGCCAAGCUCGGCGGCACGACGUUCACGACGCACACGGCGGACUGCCCGGACUGCGAUUUUCGGCUGGCGAAGAUCAAGCGCCGCGUGCUGCCCAGCAGCGGCACGGAGGAGGUCAUGAUGUACCGGCGCCAGUACCCGCGGGAGGUCAGCGCGCGCGCGAAGACCUGGGACGUGGCCCAGUUGCGCGGUCCCACGGCGGCGCACGUCGCGUUCUGGUCCUCGGACGACUUCCAAAGAGCGCAGCGCGCGGGAAACGUAGCGGUGGAGGACAUCGACGCCAUCGCGGAGGAGGUCGGCGGCCUCGUCGGCGGCGCCACGAGCCUGAGCUACUACGAGGCGCUCUUCGCCAUCGCCAACGAGGCCGGCGUCACCGUCGGCGAGAGCACGUGCUACGCGGCGCUGUCCGCGGCGCCCGCGGAUCCGGCGCGCGACGCGGCCGCGGGCUUUACGGGCGCGAUCUACGACAUCGCGGCGCUGAGCCGCGUGGCGCUGGAGCGCUGCGCGACGGCGCGCUGCGCCGUGCGGCUCAUGGGGCUGCUCGCGGAGGCGGGCGGCUACUACGCGGCGGGCAUGGCGGGCUCCGAGGGCGGCGAGGGCCUGUCCGUGGCCGACGGCGACGAGGGCUGGAUGUUCCACAUCUUGCCGGCGAACACGACGGACGGGAAGCGCGCGAGCGCCGUCUGGGCCGCGAUGCGCGUGCGGGACGGCGAGGCCGUCGUCUGCGCGAACGCGUUCGUCAUCCGCGGCGUGCCCGCGGCCGACGGGUUCGGCGCCGACGGACGAGACUACCUCGUGUCGACCAACAUGGUCGACGCGGCGACGCACCACGAUUUACACAUCACGUACACGUCCGACGGCGAGCUCGACUUUUACGCGACGUACGGCGGCGGGUCCGACCCCUACAACCUGAAGCGCCAGUGGCGCAUCUACGACCGCCUCGCGCCGUCGCUCGAGCUUCAGCCCGACGACGCCGUCAUGGCGGCGCUCCACGACCGCGCGCGGCGGGAGCGCGUGCCCUUUGCGAAGACGGACGCGGAGCUCGGCGACACGGGCGAGUUCCCCGCGGGCGUCUGGCCCGACCUGCCCAAGGCCUACCGGGACCGCGUCCAGGGCGCCUACUAUCCGGUCGCCGUGGCCAUCGAGACCGUGGCGACGCCGACGGACGCCGAAACGUUGAUCGACGCGGCGAACGUCGUCGCGUCGCUCAUGCGCGAGAUCUACGCGGGGACGAAAUUCGACGCGUCGCUCGACCUCCGGGGCGGCGCCUUCGGCGACCCCGAGGAGCUGCCCGGCGCGCCGCGGCGCGUGUCCAUCCAGCGCACGUCCUUCUGGCACGUCGGCCAGUCGUCGCUGCUCCUCGACCGCCGCCGGUCGACGGUGCUCCGCUACGGCCAGUACUCGCCCCACGUCGGGCCCUUCGUGCCGCUCCUCGUCGCCGGCGACGCGGAGCCGCCCGUGGAAUUGACGUCGGGCAGCCUCUUCGAGGCGCCGGCGGCCUUUGGGGACGCCGCGGGCGCGCCGCGGUCCCUCUUCUGGGCCGCGGCGCUCUUGGGCGGCUGGAGCCGCCAGUUCUUCCGCGUCGCGCAGCCCGAGGUCGCCGCGCGGCGCGACGCCGUCGAGGCGGCGAACAGCGUCGAGCGACGGGAGUGUUUUUUUUGCGUGAAUUUCGCCUGA